AUGUCUGUAAUCCUCAAUGUGUUGGCAUUGCAUCCCUCAUCCAAUUACAGAUAUUUAGAGACCCAAGCAUUGCUGGUUAUAUUAGUUAAUCUAUCUAUCUAUCUAUCUAUCUAUCUAUCUAUCUAUAUCUCAUGCUGGUGCGAUGGUUAUCCACUGUACCGACGAAGGAGUCCCGCUGAGGGAGGAUUUACAGCCGUGGCAAAGGGCCACCAAGUGGAUAACAGAUGGGUAGUGCCAUACUGUCCCUUACUAACAAAAGCGUUCAAUGCGCGCAUCAAUGUCGAAUAUUGCCAUUCAGUUCGCUCCAUCAAGUAUGUAUGCAAGUACAUCAACAAAGGGACUGAUGCUGCAGUGUUUGGUAUUAGGCAGGAAGGUUCCGUAGACGAAAUCCAGGACUUCCUUCCAGGGCGCGUCAUUAGUAGCACAGAGGGUUCUUGGCUUCCCCAUCCACGAACGCUUCCCAGCAAUAGUUAUUUUUCUGCGGAUACAGCAAUGGAUGUGGCUGCGCGUACCAAAGACACAACGCUUACAGCGUUCUUCAAACUUUGUCGACAGGACGAGUUUGCUAAGACUCUACUGUACCCAGACGUGCCUUCAUACUACGUGUAG